AUGGUUGUAUUGGCGACUGUCGAUCGACGUAUUUCUUUAGACUUGGUUCCUCGAAUAAUGACUGUAUCUGAUCACGAACCGGUUGUGUGGCGCGUUCUGGUUGGGCUUGUGUCCGGUGCAGUAGCUGCACGUCAACCGCCAAAAUGCCAUCCUAAAGUCCUGGCUGACAAAUGCAUAUAUGAAGGGGUUGAUGGCCGAAUUGAUCCAACCUGCGUGCACGGAGAACAAACAAAUACAAAAUAG